AGAGGUCCUUUCCCUUGAGAGUAUCCACUGCACAAAAACUUAAUCUAUUUCACAUGAAAGGUAUCAGCUGACCUAAGGUGCCUCAGUCAGCAGCAAAGGGAGGUGUAGCAUUCACUCUUCUGACAGGCUGGAACUUUUCUGAUAUAAAUAAUCAGGUUUUUUGCAGUGAAAAUUCUAUUGCUUAAAUAUGUCAAAUCAACGAGCUUCAAAUGUCAGAAGCAUUCAGGCAAAUAUCAACAUCCCAAUGGGAGCACUUUUGCCUGGUGCUGGUCAACCUCCUAAAAGAAAAGAAUCUACUGAACCCAAAGAGAGUCUUCCAACUCCACCUGAAGAAGAAAAGAAAAAGACUCUCACAGGAGCCAAGAAGUUACCAGGCCCAGCAGUUAAUCUCUCAGAAAUCCAGAAUGUAAAGAAUGAACUGAAAUUUGUUCCAAGAUUUGAAUAAUAAAAGAAAUGAAAUUGUAUGUAGAAGAUAUGAUUCAUACCACUAUUUGUGUGCUGAACCAAAGGAAAAUUACUUACAUGCAUAGGAUUGCUUCUGAAGAUGAAUGAGAAAUUGAAACCCCACAUUAGAAAUGGUUUAUUCCUGUACAAUAUAAAUAAUAUGUCUGUGUGGAUUAACUAAAGCUGCCUCAGGAGCAGGGGUGGGUUCUACUUACCUUUACUACUGGUUCGCAAUGGGAGUGCUUUUUUCGCUCACUAGCGUGCACUUCUGCACAAAUCAUACCUUAUGAUGUCCAGGUGGGUGGGUAGAACCUCCUGCCGCUUUUACUACUGGUUCUCAAGAACCGGACAGAACCAGGAGCAACCCACCACUGCUCAGGAGGAUAAAUACUUCAUUAAAAUCAAUAUUUUCAUUUUCAAAAUAAACUUUGACAUAAGCAGUAUGACUUGCAAAGAAAUGG